UCAGAGGCGACCACCUCAAGCAGCACCGGCCGACGUCGUCGUCGUCAUCCUCCUCGUCACUGUUAAAGAUGUACCGCGUUGGACUGAAAUUCCCCGUUAACGGCCUCAACCUCAAUCGGAUCAAAAAACACGGCUACGAAAGGAUUUAUCUAACUGCCAGGUGCUACGAGACGCGAUCAAAAGCCAGGUGCAAUGACAGGAGGUGUGUUUCUAGGCUGCUCAACGAUGUUGCAUUUACAUCUAGAUUAUCAGGACAUAGAUAUUACUCUGAUGAAAAAAGUGGACGAUCACGAGGAAGUGCCGGAACCCUCGUAGCAUUUGGAACUGUUGCUAUUGGAGCAUUUGGGAUACUGGCAUAUGCUCAUAAUGACUCCAACUUUAGAGAAACACUUGAAAAUUGGGUUCCAGGAACAGAUAAUGCCAUCAAAAUCAUUUUUCAAGAAGAGGCAUCGUAUUUCGAAAUGUUACUCAAUUUCUUUACUUCAUUAAAACAAAAAAUUUUGGCAUUCAUAUUUGGAGGUUCCAGCUCAAAAGAAGCUCCCAAACCAGGUUUUGCAGCACCAAUAUUGCAACCUCCUCCACUUAAACCACCACCAGAAAUUCGGUUAAGUAAAGAUAGAGGAGAAAAAAUUGAAGUUGUUUCAGAGAAAAAACCCGUAGAUACAGUAGUAGAGAAGCCCUCGGAGCAACAAAACUCGAUAGCAUCUGAUUUGACCGAAUUGGAAAAGUAUGCCGGAGAGCUUGCUGCUACUGCUAUCAAAUCUUUCCACGAUGCGGCAUGUGCUGUUCAAGAUUACAACAAGGAUGUGACGAACGUUGUAGAAAGUUCUGACGCCGAGUUGGGAUCCAAAAUUUGGGACAGAUUAAAGUCAGCCCAAGACAAGAGAACAGCAGCCCUGGCAGUAGCCGAGAAGAAGGCGGAUGAAGCCGUUGAGGCCUUGAAAAAGUUGGGUAGCUCGAUCGACGACGCACGCGACGCGUCCGUUGGUCAGAAAACAAUAGCGAGGCGGAACAUCAAUAAAAUCUUAUCGGAUGUGGACGCUGCCAAAAAAAAGUUUGACCAAGAGGUAGCCAAUGCAAAUAUUUCUGAAAAGUACUGGAAGAGCUUGAAAAUAGCGCGAGAAAAGUUCAACGAGGAGCUACACAUCCUUUUCCCCAACAUCAAUAUCAACGACAAAAAGCUGACAGUGUCGGAUGAGGCCUUUGAUCUAUUUGUUCUCCAUAUGUACCAUAAAGUAGCAUUCUUACAGAAAGAGUUGGAGAAAAUGCAGACUAUUGCUGAUGCCAAAAUAAAAUCCGCCUUAAGAUCGGAGGGUGAUCAGGAAAAAAUCCACGAAGCUAUAGCCCUCGAGGUUUCCAAAGAGAAAAUAGCGUUCCAAGAAGAUUUCAACAAAAAGAUGCUGGAAAUCCGCAAGCAGCUGGACGACGAGAUGCGCAAGCAGUUGAAGCUCCAAGCGCAGGUGCACGCGGACCACUUGCGAGAGGCGCUGGAGGCCAAGGAUCGCGAAGCCGAGCGCAAAAUCAACCGCGUGCUCAGCGAGCAAAAGGAGAACCAGUCCGUCGCUAGCAAGAUGCAGCUGGCCGCGGUCAUUGGCCGGCUCAAGGGUCUCGACGAGGCGCUCAAGAAACGACUGGACGCCGAGAAGGACGCGAGCGAGGUGCAGCUGAUGUGGGGCGCGUGCCAGGCGUUGGUGCGAGCUGUGAAGGCCGCACCCCCGGGCACCCAUCCCGCCGAGGCCCUCAGGCCACUCGAGCCGGAAGUAACAGCUAUUUCCAAAGCGGCGCCGAAAGGAGACGCCUUCGUGUCCGCCACGAUCCGGGGAAUCCCCGAGGAGGCCGUCAAACGUGGCGUGUAUCCCGAAGACGCUCUCAGGGAACGCUUCAUGAAGGUGGAGCAAAUGGCAAGGAAACUGGCUCUGGUGCCGGAGGAGGGGGCCUCGCUGCCGGUCUACCUGCUGAGCUACCUGCAGAACUUUUUGCUCGUCAAGGCCGUCAGUCCGAUACCCAAGCACGAACUCGCGGACCAGCCGAUCGACGUCGAGGCGCUCGACACCUACGCGAUUUUGCAGCGCUCGAGGUACUGGCUGGACCGGGGUGAUUUCAAGAUGACGCUGCGCUACAUGAAUCUGCUGAAGGGGGCGCCCCGCAGUGUGGCACGCGACUGGAUGAACGAGGCGAGAAUACUGCUGGAGACGCAGCUGGCGGUCGAGUCGCUUGUUGCCUACGCUGGCGCGAACAGCCUCAUAUUUAUGGGCGGUGGCGAUAAGAAGAAAAAGUAGCGUGGCUCUGGGGACGGCCGCAUCGGGGAGUAGCGAGAGAAAGAGCUCGAGCUGGAGCGGCAGCAUCAGAGAGAAAGCUUGUACCACCGGAGCCAAGAGAGUCCGCCAGCCCCAAUUAUUGUACAGUCACCGUCGCUACACUUAGUAAAUUAAUACACAUCUCCUGGGAGAGGAAAGAAAGAACAUGAAGGACGAUUGUGACGCGCCACUGGUCAUCGGUCCCUUUAACUGUCCAAGCAUAUACAGAUUCACACACCGUACGUGAUAGCUCUUCUUAGUCGUAAUUGUUUUUUUUGUCCCCCCUCGUGAUUUUUCCUUCAUUUUCCCAUUUUUAAUGGUAACAAAUUGUUGACGAUACUAAUAUUCAUAGAAAAUCGGCCCACGCGCAGACUUUGCUGUCAACUUUUUUCUGUUGCGAUGGCAAUGAUUUUUCAGCUAAACCGAUAACGAGAGGUUGAAUUUUGGUUUCGCUGAAAAAUCGGGUUGCGCGUACCGAUGCUUCUCUACCUCUACCCGUUUAGAAUGAACUUGUUUAGAACGAUUGAAAAUUAAAUUUGUAGAAAACGUAUGAGAGAAUAAUGUAAACUGUUUACCCAUCCAUCACUCGUAGAGAUGAGAGAGAGAAAGAGAGUAAAUUUUAUUUAUCUGCCGUUUGUAAAUUCACUCGUUUCAAGAGGCAAAACACUGUGAAGAAAUAAAUGACUAAAUUCAAGUGAACCAAAA